GUUUGAACUGUGGGGGUUCUCCUAAUGGUUUCACCGCUGUAGUUGUGAAAACUUUAUAAAUAUGGUUUUGGAAGCUACAGUUGUAUGCUUGGAUAAUAGUGAGUGGAUGAGAAAUGGUGAUUUUUCUCCAACACGAAUUGCUGCUCAAUCGGAUGCUGUCAACCUUGUUUGCGGAGCUAAAAUGCAGUUUAAUCCAGAAAAUUCUUUGGCUGUUUUAUCCAUGGCCAAUAGACCUAACGUGCUCUGCUCUUUGACUCAAGAUGUGGGAAAAAUUUUGCACUGUAUACAAGAAGUUAACAUAAGCGGGAAAAUAUACUUUUUACAAAGUCUUCAAAUCUCUAAGUUAGUUUUACGCCAUCGGCCUAACAAAAACCAGCGCCAACGCAUUGUAGCAUUUGUAGGCAGUCCGGUAGAGGAUGAGAUUUCUGAUCUUGUUAAGGUAGCCAAAAUUUUGAGAAAGGCGAACAUUUCGGUAGACAUUAUCAACUUCGGAGAGGUUCAAAAUAACGAGAAGCUAGAAAAAUUUGUUGGUGUGGUUGAUAAAGAUGGUACCAGCCACCUUCUUUGGGUUCCUGGCGAUUCUGGUGUGCUCUCCGACUUUCUGGUUUCUUCUCCCGUACUAGGCGGCGAUGUCUCCCAAUUUGAUGAAUUUGGAGUUGAUUCCAAUCUUGACCCCGACCUGGCCAUGGUUCUUCGAAUUUCUGCUGAAGAAGAGCGAGAGAGACAAGAAAAAGCUCAACUUGUUAAAAAUUCGGAUUUAGAGUGUGCGAAAGGAUUAUCAACUAAUAUACCAUCUGACAGCCCUGCAAACGAAAACGGACAAGAAAAACGAGCCCAUCUUGAUUCUGAAGAGGAGCACGUUGACCUCGGACUUUUAACGGAGGAAGAGCAAAUUGAACUUGCCAUGAAAAUGUCACUUGAAGAAUACGACCAACAAUUUGUCGAAGAACGCAACUCCGGUGCGAGCCCCGCUAGACCAGGAAUCAGCGAGGAGCCCAGCAACGGGGGAGUGCAGAAUGGGAAAAAGAAGAACGCAGAUGACGCGUCGCCUUCACACAACGAUGGAAAUAGAGAAUAGUCGUUGUUAAAGUACUUGAAAUAUUGAAUUCGGUUUCUGAGUUUUAAUUAUAAAAGCUGAA